AUGGAUAAUAAUGUCUUCACAUUCGACAAUCCAUCCAAUUCCCUUAUGGAUUUUGAUUACAUGGAUGAACUCUUGUUAGACGGAUGUUGGUUACAAGCAACCGAUGGAUCUGAAAUCACGAACAACAAUCCAUCUCCUUCCAAUUCCAUCUUCGAUCCUUCAUUUCAAUGGCCUAAUUUGGAAUCCAACAUUGGGAAGCCGGUGUCAAAAGACCUUUUCGCCCCUGAAAGAAAUUCGUCGAAAUCCCAUGUCAAAAAUCUCACUGGUUUCCCUAACGAUGAAUCUGAAAAUCAUUCUGAAUCGAGCAAACGAUGGUGGAUUGCACCUACUGCAAGUUCUGGCCCUUCGUUAUCUGUAAUGGAAAGAUUGAUUUACGCCAUCGACAACAUAAAACAUUACACAGUAGACAAGAACGUUCUUAUUCAAGUAUGGCUACCAGAAAUUAAAGAUGGAAAGAAAGUUUUAAGUACAAGUCAACAACUUUUCUCACUUGAAUUGAAUUGCCCUCGGCUUUCUAAUUAUAGAAGCAUAUCAGAAGGUUAUACUUUUACAGCUGAGGGUAAUGCUAAGGGUAGCGUUGGAUUGCCUGGAAGGGUAUUUAUGGGAAAAGUUCCUGAAUGGACUCCUGAUGUUCGGUUAUUCAAGAUAGAAGAGUAUCCAAGAGUUUCUCAUGCACAACAACAAGAUGUUCGUGGGAGUGUUGCAGUUCCAGUUUUUGAUCAAGAUGUUAAAGAUUGCAUUGGUGUUGUUGAGGUUAUCAUGACUACACAAAAGAGUAUUUACGCUCUAGAAAUUCAAAGUGUUUGUAAGGCUCUCGAGGCCUUUGACCUCAGGAGUUCUGAAGAUUCAAACACACAGAGAAUAAACGUAAGCAACGGCUUCUAUCAUCCUUCCUUACCGGAGAUUCUUGAAACUCUGAAAUCUGCAUGCAUGAUGCAUAAUCUACCGCUAGCUCAGACAUGGACUCCAUGCAUCCAACAAGGCGGCAAAAGUGGCUGCCGCCACUCAAAUGAAAACCUUGUCUACUGUCUUUCCACUGUAGAUACUGCUUCAUACGUAUCCGAUCCUUACUUCAAAGAUUUUCAAGAAGCUUGUUCUCAGCAUCAUUUAUUUAAAGGUCAAGGUGUAGUAGGUCGAGCUUUCACAACCAAUGAGCCAUGUUAUUCACCUGAUGUGACAUCAUACACGAAAACCGAAUAUCCACUUGCUCAUCAUGCUAGUUACUUUGACUUGCAUGCUGCUGUGGCUAUACGUCUUAGAACAACUUAUGCUGAUACGGUUGACUUUGUGUUGGAGUUUUUCUUGCCUGUUGAAUGCAAGAAUCAAGAAGAUCAAAAGGGUGUGGUUAAUUCUUUGUUGAAUAUCAUAGGAAAGGUUUGUCGAAGCCUAAGGUUUGUUACAGAAAAGGAGUUGCAGGAAGAGGCUGUUAAUGAAGGGUUGCUUGUUGUUUCUGAUAUAGAACAUGUUCCGAAAAUUCAAGAAACAAAUGAACCUGGUCCUGACCCUGGUCCAGGUUCAGGCACGGAGAAAAGAAGGGCUGGUGCCAAGAUGGAGAAAAGUAUCACUUUAGAAAUGCUAAGGCAACACUUUGCUGGCAGCCUGAAAGAUGCUGCCAAAAAUAUUGGUGUUUGUCCAACGACUCUGAAACGGAUAUGUAGGCAACACGGGAUACAACGGUGGCCAUCACGGAAGAUCAAGAAAGUUGGACACUCUUUAAGAAAGAUCCAACUUGUGAUGGAUUCGGUUCAUGGUGGAUCCGGAUCGUUUCAAAUCGAGUCCUUCUAUUCAAACUUUCCUAAACUCGCGUCUCAGGACCCGUCAACAACAACUCAGCUCCCGUUUGCGGCUACAAAAACUGAAAUUUUCGACUCAAAGGGGGGCAACACCGUCAUUUCAUGCAGUCAGAGUUCGAGUUCUAGUCAUUCUUUGUCCGGUGGGACCCACCAGGCCCCACCGGUCAAAGAAGACACCGGCGAUCAGGAACAAGAUCAAGAUCGAUAUCAAGAUCAAGAUCAAGAUCAAGAGCGGAAGCUCUUUCUAGGAUCACUCAAUGAUCCUCCAAAACGUCAAAACCGGCCUCCGAAACCUUACAUUAAACGGGAAGGGGGUCUUUGGAGGGUAAAAGUGACUUUUGGCGAAGAAAAGAUACGUUUUAGGCUGCAAAAGGAUUGGGGUUAUAAUGAUUUGCUGCAAGAAAUUGCAAAGAGGUUUAGCUUGAAUGAUAUAGGUGGGUAUCAACUGAGAUACCUUGAUGAUGAUUCUGAAUGGGUAUUACUAACUUGUGAUGCUGAUGUAGAGGAGUGUAUUGAUGUUUAUCGAUCUUUUAAGAGUGGAACCAUUAGGCUUGCUCUUCGUGAACCUCAAAUUCGUGUUGGUAGUAGUUUAGGUAGUAACACACCCUUGUAAAAGGGAGACCCUGGUCUAGCUUUUCAAGGGUUUGGUCAGUAAGUUUGGUUCACAACCCGUGUAUGGGUGCGACCCAAGUGCAUCAAGGCUCACGGGUUUUCUGGAGAUGGAGCUUGGAAGUCUUGGUAUGCAGUUUCCAGGUGGUUGUUUCUGUAGUGUGGGUACAGGAUUUCUAACUAGGACUUUGAUGCGUUGUUGGGUUGUAUAGUAUGCAUUUUGGGGUUGUACUGUAUGCCUUGAUGGGUUGUAUUGUACGCAAUAUUGGUUUUACCGUAUGGCGUCGACAUUGUCGGUCGAAAACAGUUGUGAGUUUGGGAGAAAUGCAGGUUGUUGCUGGAGCUGAUGCUGUUAUUUUUGGAUACAGCGAAGUCAUAAUUAGGAGCUUUGUAUGAUAUAUGAAGUAUUUGGUAGAUUUGCUAUAUAGAAGGGAAGUAAAUGUAUAACAUGUAUUGUAUGAGGGAUAAGUUAUUAUUGCAUUUUGUAGUACUGAUAUAAGAUACUAUUGUGUAAGUUAUUAUUGCAUGCUGUUUUUGUUGAAAUAUUGUGAU